GAUGGCGUUCGGCUUCAGUUUUUGUUUCAGUUGCGCGGCAAACGAGCCAAAGUACAAACGUGCGAAUUAUCCUCGUUAGUUUUGGCACAUUGAGUACAACGUGAGCGUUAACGACGCAAACGAUGCUGCCACAACGGUCGCGUUGACAGUAGAAAAAUUUAAAAUUCUAAGGAAAAAACGCCUGACAAAAUGGGCCACGAGUGAAGAUUUUUUACAGCCCGUAAAUGGCUGUCUAGCAGAGCGCCUAUUAAAACCUCGUCUGUCUGCGCCAGGGGCAGUAAUAAACCGCAACCCGCCGUAAACUGAAACCGAAGCCAACCGCAAAACUUGCAAUAAAACGUCCAGGGGCACCAACAAAAAUAGCAACAAGAACUACAGUAAAGCAAUAACAAUAAGAGCCGUAAAAACGGUAUAAAAAAAAAGAAAAAAAAGAGUACAAAGUUAUUUCGUCCUUGGCAUUUGAGGCGCCAUCAAGUAGGAGAACAAGAAGAAGACGAAGGAGAAACAGCUGGAAAACGAAUCUCUUAUAUUAAGAAAUUGUUCCUCCCCCCGAUCGACCCGGACACCCCGGACUAGCCGGGAGCUGGGCAAAGCCAAGACGCAAUCGUGGCCCAAAGACAUCAACACCACAGCAGCAACGGCAGCGGCGUUGGCAGCGGCGCAGGCAGCGGCGUUGGCAGCGGCGCAGGCAGCGGCGUUGGCAGCGUGCCUGUCAUCAUGGAGGGGCCGGAGGUAACAUUCCUCUUUCAAUUUGGCAGCGUACGCGACGCAGUGUGUGUGCCAGUGAAUGCAUUGACGCUCAAAUCGCUCAAGGAUUUGGCAUGCGACUUCAUAAACACUAAGUUACCGGAUAGUGGACUCACGUAUCUGUCAGAACGCAUUCUGCUCUUCAUUCACGACUAUAGUACGCCCAAUGUGCUGCACAUAAUCAAUUCCGCAGCGGAAGUUGUGGACGAGACAUUGGUGGAAAUUGUAUUAACAGCCAGUCCCAUACUCUAUCCGACGUCGGAAAUGCCAACACUAAAGCCUCACAACCUCAACGUGCAUUCCUAUAAGGCGCCCACAUUCUGUGAUUUCUGCGGUGAAAUGCUGUUUGGUCUGGUGCGUCAAGGACUCAAAUGCGAUGGCUGCGGUCAGAAUUAUCACAAACGAUGCGUGGUGAAAAUACCCAACAACUGCAACCGCUCGAGUGAUGCCACAUCACGACGCUCUUUCACGUUGCAUCCACCCCGCAGCCCAUCCGGAAGCUCACAGCAAUCGCUUGUGUCCAACGAGGAGUCGACGAGUCGCAAUGACUCAAGCAGUUCACUGAACAUACCUGGCUACUCCACGCGCCAUCAGCGAACUCACUCCGGGAGCAGUCGGAAUGGUCUCACAGUGCUGCGGAUUCCACACACCUUUAUGGUGCAUACUUAUGGAAUUCCCACAGUUUGCCAACUGUGCAAGAAGCUGUUGAAGGGUCUGUUCAAGCAGGGAUUGCAAUGCCGUGACUGCCAGUACAAUACUCACAAGAAGUGCAUGGAGAAGGUGCCACAGGAUUGUACAGGAGAAGCGCAGCUCAGUCAACUGCAGGCGGAGAUUAACGAUGGAACGCCACGAAAGGAGCGGGACAAUUUCUUCCGCGAGGAGUUCGAUGACAGCGAUUUUGAAGACGGUCCGACGCCACAUUCCGAAUUUGCCAAAUACAACAAAGCCACCGGAGGCACAAAUCUGGUGGCUGGGCGACCACGUGAGGCACCCAAAGCUCUAACAAAUGCCCAGAAUUCACCGCCAGAGCUGGUCAAUGGUGUCAUGGAUGACAGCAAUGCCAGGGGUGACACCAAAUCUAGCGAUGGCCAGUCCGAGCAGUCUCAAUCCUCAUCAUCCUCCUCACCCAGCGCCAACAUUCCUCUCAUGCGCAUUGUGCAGUCCGUGAAGCACACGAAGAAACGUGGCGGCCAAGCUCUGAAAGAGGGCUGGAUGGUGCACUACACCUCGAUAGACAAGGCUCUAAAGCGUUACUAUUGGCGUCUGGACUCCAAGACCAUUACCCUAUUCAUAUCGGAGCAGGGCAGCAAGUACCACAAGGAACUGCCACUGGCAGAGCUGCUUUCCAUUGAAACUCAUCGUGAUCCUCGAAUUGAGAGCAACUACUGCUUCGAACUGUGCACGGCCAAUCUCAGCUAUUACGUGGGUCAGGAUCCACAACUGGGAGUGGGCGAGGACCAUGCGGUACGUUUGCCACCACCGGAUAGUGGCAUCGGUGCCGACAUAGCCAAGAGCUGGGAGACGAGCAUUCGACAAGCCUACAUGCAUGUGAACAACACCCAAUGCUGCGAAUCGGAGGAACAAGUCCAGGAUAUGGGUCAGCUAUAUCAGAUCUUUCCCGAUGAGGUUCUGGGAUCUGGACAGUUCGGUGUCGUUUACGGUGGUGUCCACAAGAAGACCAAGCGCGAGGUAGCCAUCAAGGUCAUUGACAAACUGCGCUUUCCCACCAAGCAGGAGGCACAGCUGAAGAACGAGGUGGCCAUUCUCCAGAACAUCACCCAUUGCGGCGUGGUUAAUCUCGAGCGUAUGUUCGAAACACCCGAACGCAUCUUUGUGGUCAUGGAGAAGCUCAAGGGUGACAUGCUGGAAAUGAUACUUUCCCAUUCCCGUGGACGGCUCAGUGAAAGGGUCACCAAGUUUUUAAUCACACAAAUCCUUAUUGCGCUCAAGUAUCUUCACUCACAGAACAUUGUGCACUGUGAUUUAAAACCGGAGAACGUGCUGCUCUCCUCGGAUGCAGAAUUUCCGCAAGUGAAACUCUGUGAUUUCGGCUAUGCCCGCAUCAUUGGCGAGAAAUCCUUUCGACGUUCGGUUGUCGGCACACCCGCCUACCUGGCACCCGAGGUCCUGCGCAACAAGGGCUACAACCGCUCCCUGGACAUGUGGAGUGUCGGCGUUAUUAUCUAUGUAAGCCUCAGCGGCACGUUUCCCUUCAACGAGGAGGAGGAUAUCAACGAUCAGAUACAGAAUGCUGCUUUUAUGUAUCCUCCAAAUCCCUGGAAAGAGAUCUCCUCAAAUGCCAUUGACCUCAUCAACAACCUGUUGCAAGUGAAGCAGCGGAAGCGAUACACCUGCGACAAGAGUCUUAUGCACUAUUGGCUGCAGGAUAAGCAGACUUAUCGAGAUCUGCGGAACCUGGAGACAGAGGUGGGACUGGGACGCUACCUCACCCAUGAAGCGGAUGACAUACGCUGGGACAGCGCUGGCGACAUUUGACCUGGAAAUGCAACCAGACCGACCAAUCCCGAACUGAUGCAGCCACUGAGCAGCAGCCAUAGCGUGCCCAGCGAAAGCUAUCCAUCCCCAUCGAACUGUGCCGAUUGCCAUCGUCUCUCCAACUCACCCAAAGUGGAGGCCAUCAGCGACAAGGCGAUUAAAUGGAUGCGUUUUCAUCUUUGUAAGCACAUCAAAUAGCGUCCACUCGUCGGAUGCACAUUUUUCCCUUCGAUAUUGUCAGACUGUAAACUAUGGAAAAUAUUAAUUCGCACGCAGUUAAGAAAAUUAAAACUCUUCAGCGGCUUAGUUUUAGUUUCAAUUCAAAUUUUAGAUAACUAAAUAUAAUUAUCAUUCAUCAUA